UUUCGAGAACUCCAUGCUGCACUGCCUCCAGGGCCGGGCCGCCCCCAUCCCCGUCCGGGCACCCAGCGCAGAGCUGCUGGAGGACCUGUCCGAGAGCCGGGAGUGCGUCAACUGCGGCUCCAUCCAGACCCCGCUGUGGAGGAGGGACGGCACCGGAAACUACCUGUGCAACGCCUGUGGGCUCUACACCAAAAUGAACGGCCUCAGCCGGCCCCUCAUCAAACCCCAGAAGAGAGUGCCUUCGUCGCGGCGGAUGGGCUUGUCCUGUGCCAACUGCCACACCACGACCACCACCCUGUGGCGCAGGAACGCCGAGGGCGAGCCCGUCUGCAACGCCUGCGGCCUCUACAUGAAGCUCCAUGGGGUUCCUCGGCCUCUUGCUAUGAAAAAAGAAGGAAUUCAGACGAGGAAGCGAAAACCUAAGAAUAUAAAUAAAUCAAAGGCAUGCUCUGGUAACAGUACUACUGCAGUUCCUAUGACUCCGACAUCCACGUCUUCUACGAACUCAGAUGACUGUAGCAAAACUGCUUCUCCCGGCGCACAGACCGCAGCCUCCGGGGCGAGCUCGUCGGUGAUGUCUGGCCCAGGAGAGAGCACCAGUCCCGAAAGCAGCAGCCUUAAGUAUUCAGGUCAAGAUGGGCUGUACACAGGAGUCAGCCUGACCUCCACAGCCGAAGUGACAGCAUCUGUGAGACAGGAUCCCUGGUGUGCCCUGGCUCUGGCGUGACCUGGUGUGAGGGAAGCUGGAUCCUGGCAGCCCCCAGACAUCUACGCAGUUUCCUCUGUGGAGCGGUCGCAGUGGCAGUGAGAGUGCUGGCAAAGACCAUUCCUCUGAAACAGUUUGUGAGCCUUGGUGGCAGAGGUGUUUCUCUACUUCCAAAAGUGGCUUUGCCGAAGCAUCCAGUUCCUCAUCUAUGCAAGAAAAAUGUAUGGAAAGCAAAUGACCACCGGGGAUAGCUAAUGCAGCCUCACACUCUCAAAAAACCCUUCAAACCCCUCCCACCAAAAACAAACAAACAAACAAACAAAAAAAAACCAAAAAAAAAAGAAAAGAAAAAGAAAAAACAACAAGAAAAAAGAAGAGAUAAACCCACACCUAUUGAUAGAUUCCAGAAAUACAUCCUUGACUUACCCAGCAGUGCUGCCUUUCUGAUUGUAUAGUUGUUUUUACUCUCUCAUCGCCUUUUCCCCUAAGAAUUUGGUGGAAGUUGUCAGUGUUGGGGAGGGAGUAGCAAAGACUUUAAUUACCAGAGAUAGUGAGAUACUUUUUAAUGAGUGUCAGACGUGCUUACAGCUUGAGUUGACGCAGACUUCUCGCACCGAGCAUUUGAUGUCUUCGCCCUGUCAGACCUCUCCUUCUGUGCUCUCCAUCUUCAGCGUGCCUCGCUCUGCUCCUCAGAGCCUAGCAAUGUCCCUGGAAGAAAUCACAAUGUUUGGUACAAGUCCCACAAGGUCCAGCUGGUUAAGGAGAUUUUGGGAUUGGUGUUUUUUGGUUUAAGAUAUUUACUCACUUUUCAAGACUGCGAUAUAACUUUUAAAGUACACUGUGACUGAGAUUUAUGAAAGUCCGUAUUUCCUGGCUGAACUGUAUAGAGUCAGUCAAAAUUUGUAAACAGGGUAGCAAUCAGAUAUUUUUCUUCCAUAUAUACAAUAAUUUUUUUAAAGAAGUGCAAUUUGCGUUGCAGCAAUCAGUGUUAAAUCAUUUGCAUAAGAUUUAACAACGGUUUUUAUAUGAAUGAAUGAAUGUAAACAUUUUAACUUAAUGGUACGUAAAUAAUUUAAGAGAAAAACUGAACUAGGCAUCCUUAGGCUUUUUAGAGCAACAAAAAUGCAUCCACUUUCUGUAUUUCCAGUUUUUAAAGCAAGAGUUUCAAAGAACAAGCCUUCUCUCAGGAAAAUUGCCCUAGCCAUUUGCUCCGAAGUGUUGUACAAAAAUGCAAAUGCAUCCCCAAGGGGUUUUUUUGCCAUUGAAUAAGUGUGUGGUGGAAAGAAACAAAUUGCAAUGAAAUUUUACUACCUAACUGAUACAUAUGUAAAUACUACAGAAGAUAUCUAGGCAUCUUGAAAAUGUAGGAUGCAAUCUGUAUAGUGUGACUGAUGCAUAGUUAGGUUGGUUUUCAUUGGUUUUUUAAAUGGGAUGUCAUUUGGAAAGUUGUUUCAUCAGAGCUUUACAAAUAAAAGGGUAUCAUUUUAGGA